CCCCCCCCGCCGCCGCCACAGGGGCGGGCGCACGCCGCCAUAAAACUCCCACAGCGCAGGCGGGCACGCGCACGCCACGUCUACGUCGCAGCGAAACGAAGCCGCACGGCUUGGUCCAGGGGGCGGGGCUGCCAGGCAAAGUACACAAACUACUCAGUGAAGAAAGAAUUCUACUGGAAGGAAUGGCUGCCUCCUCAUCCUCAUCUUCAGCUGGCGGGGUCAGUGGGAGUUCUGUCACCGGAUCUGGCUUCAGUGUGUCAGACCUGGCACCGCCACGGAAAGCUCUGUUCACCUACCCCAAAGGAGCCGGAGAGAUGUUAGAAGAUGGCUCUGAGAGGUUCCUCUGUGAGUCGGUGUUUAGCUAUCAAGUAGCAUCCACGCUUAAACAGGUGAAGCAUGAUCAGCAAGUUGCUCGGAUGGAAAAACUGGCUGGCUUGGUGGAAGAGCUGGAGGCUGAUGAGUGGCGGUUUAAACCCAUUGAACAGCUGCUGGGGUUCACACCCUCUUCGGGUUGAUGUCGCCUGCAUGGCCGCCCCUAGGGCACAGCCACCCAGAGAUUCACAACUGUACUGUGAGCUUCGUGUCUGAAUUCACAUCCAUUGUUGGUUCCUCUGUUUCUAUUAAUAGGCCACAAAUGCUCAUGUGAGAUGUUGCUGAGAAGUUUUUCACAUGCUUGUUUUUAAAAGUAUUGGGCAGCACUUGGGAGGCAGAGGCAGGAGGAUCACUAUGCGUUCAAGGCUAGCCUGAUCUACGUAGAGUUCCAGGACAAACAGGGCUAUGUAGAGAGACCCUGUUUCAAAAUUAAAAAUAUAUUGGGAAUCAGAUUAAAGCAGUCCCCUUGGAGAACCAGGAGGGUUGGGAUUAUACAAUUCUCCCAAGCCAAGUGAUGGUGUAUAUCCCGUCAUUCAUAGAGCAUCUGGAAGCUCUCACCAGCCAAACCCAAGGUCAGGAUCCAUAUUCUCAACAGUUGCAGCCCAAACAUUUGUCUUCACAGAUGAGUGUGACUUCAGCUCAGGGUCUGUCCAGAUGGGGAAUUUUAAGGUAUUCUUUCCUACUCUAUUCUUAGACAUUGAAUAUUACAGAUUUUUUUCCUCGCCUCUUACAAUAUGCUAAAUGGUGCUACCCCACCCCAUCCAUGCACUCCAAAAUUGUUUUUUGAAUGUUGCAGCACUUGAAAAAAAUAAAGUGACCUAAUCCCUUUUA